AUGGGCAUCAAGUGUGGUAAACAAAAGUAUUUAGAGGAGGAUGAGAAAGGUAUCUCAUUAAAACCCAAGAAAUCGUUAGUAGGGAAAUGCCGGGAAUGUCAUAGACCAAAUACCAAUAAACAUCAAAAAGUCGGAUGGUGUCAUUCGUGCAAUACUUUUAGAUUCAAAAAUGAUUUUUAUAAUUGGUCGAGUGGCAACGAUGCAGUAGAUUAUUUUAUUCAAGAAACUCAGUUGAAUGCCAAGAGUCACGGCGAUGUAUUAGAAUGGAUACCGUAUGAAUCGAUAGACAGUGUAGACUACAUAGCAAAAGGUGGUUACGGAACUGUUUUCUCGGCAACAUGGAAAGAUGGCUAUAUCACGCAUUGGGACAAGAAAACAAAAAGGUGGGCUCGAAGUGGUUCAAUGAUUGUCACCGUUAAAAGCAUCGAUAAUUCAGCCAACAUGACCGGAGAAUUUUUCCAUGAAGACCCCCAAACACAAGAUUACAUGAUAGUUAGCGAAUAUGCAAAUAAUGGAAAUUUGCGGAGCUUCCUCGUUCAAAAUAAUCGAAAGUUAAAUUGGGAGAGAAGAUUACGAAUAUUGCUCAAAAUUGCCAUGGCACUUCAAGAUCUUCAUCAAGCUGGAUUUGUUCAUAAAGAUCUUCAUAGUGGUAAUAUCUUGCAAGUCGAUGAAUGUAUCAAGAUCAGCGACUUUGGCGAGUCAAACCAAGCUUCGUUGCCUCAAGUUGAUCUUGAGCAACUAAGAACUCCGUCGAUGGCAGUUUCAGGUCCUAUAUACACAGAGUUAUUGCGUAAACACUAUCGCGCUGACAAGAUAUUCUACGACGAAUCUCAGAAUGUUUGUAUAGGUAAGGCGAUGAUAGCUUGCAUGCCAACAAGUGACACCGAUAAGGAUAACCAAAUGUUGUCAUGCAAAAAUAUAGAUGAUGACAGCGAAAAUUUGCAGGCAAUUUCGCCCGAUAUUUCGGAAGUAGCCUCGACACGUUAUUCGGAAAUCUUGUCUGCAGAAUUAGCGCACGGUACGUCAUUAGGAGUUGAGAGAAGUGCAUCUCGUUACUCACUAGCAUUGGUAGCUGAAAUUCAACGUCGGUUAACGCCAAAGCUACCCGAGGAAUACAUCACCACACAAUCUCAAUUGCGUAAAGGAAAAUACACGGAAUAUUUGGAAGGACAAGAGCAAGAUCAAUACUCGAUAAAAACAAAUUUUAAUGAUGCUAGAAAAAUUCGUGGAAAUUCUGUGAAUUCUCCAACAGAUUAUAGUGGAUUGGGCGCAAAUAAAUAUAACAAAUACAAUAACUACCAAAUCAGAAAGGUAGAUGUGGUGCAGAACUACCUGGACUCCACCAAUAAAUACCAAAAUCAAAUUAUGGGCAACAUGCAAAAUGAGAGCACUGAUGAGAUGGCGAAUUUUAAUAUCGAAGAUAGCGACAUGCUGCAAUACAUUUGUAAACAGCCUAUAGUUCAGCGAGGUAGUUAUUGGGUUUUUG